ACCAUUAUGGAUGACGAAUAACAUCUGCGCUGGGUCUGUCUCGCAUGUCUCUCCAGUAACACGCGCAUUAUUUUUAUUAGUAUAUUAUUGAUUUUUUUAUUUUUUUAUUAGGCACGUACCAGCUUAAAAAUUAAACAUUUAACAUAUUUUAUUAAAUACGCACGAUAAUUACAAUAGCUACAACUUGUUGUGUGCAGUGUGUACGUGUGAUAACCACAAAUAUGCCUUACUUCCAGGUCAAUAGAAAACUCUUGCUGAUAAAAAUCCACUAUUUUUUAGGAAUUGGAGGUUAUGCACCGUUUUCUCCAUUUUUGACAACGAUAUCAAAACAACGUGGUUAUUCUGCAUUUAUAGUUGGUUUAAUAUUCAUGCUACAACCAAUUCCUGGAAUGUUGAUAAGACCAAUUGUUGGUGCCGUUACAGAUAAAUACAAAUGUCGUCGGUCGGUGUUUAUUGCGAGUUCGAUAAUCACAUUUGUAUUGGUAUGUUUACUAUCAAUAAUUCCUGGUACGACAUCAAAAGAAGAAAUGAACGAUUUAGAUGUGAUAAAGUCGCCACUGUUUUGGAUGUUCUUUACUACAAUUGCCUUAAUCAAUACUGAUGGAACGGUGAAAAGUGUWUUAGAGGAYACGAUUUGUAUGGAUUUAUUAGGUAAAAAUAGUACUAAUAAUAAAAUAUCACAGUAUUAUACACUUCGUAGGUACCUUGAAGACUUGUCGAAUGUUUACCAUCCGGAAACGAAAUCGUGGAUGAAGACUCUCCAAGGAAUAGCCUUACUAAUCCAAUGCUUCGGUGGUGAAGUGCCGUCGUUCAUUUUGUCCAGCUACAUACUGAAACGUGUGGACCACAUGACCAUUUUCUCCAUAGUGUUUUUCACGUUCACGUGUAUUUUCUCUGUGUACACGAUCAUUGAGAACCCUCUUUGGGCAUUACCAGUUGAAUUAAUGAACGGCAUAACGUUUGCACUGUCUUAUUCGGCAGCCAUCUCGUAUGCGGCUCUUAUAGCUCCUACAGGCGCCGAGGGAACGCUCCAAGGAGUCGUCGGGACGGCUUACACGGGAAUAGGUGCGCCCAUUGGAAGCUUCGUUGGUGGUUAUAUGUUUAAACAUAUUGGAAGUAUUGCUUCAUUUAAGCUAUUGAGCGUGGUUGCAUUUUUCACUUGUGUCAUACAAAUUAUUGUCAAUUAUAUAUUAAAGCGUUUGUCUAAAAAUGAAGAUGUCAAGGACAUAUAUAGUAAAGUUAAAACCAAAGAUGAUAAUAUCGAAGAAGACAUAACUUUAACAUCAUAGUAUUAUAUUUCCAUAUACAAUAAAUUWUACUGUUUAUUACUUAUAAAAAAAUGGCUGAAUUUUUGUAUAAUUUGUUAUUUAUUCGAUACUUUGUAUGUAGAUUUUUUUAAACUAAAAUAUCCACUAAAAAGUUCCAGACACAAAUUAUUAUUAGGUACUGGUGAUACAGGUGAAUAUAUGGCAAUAAUCAAAACAUGAUUUAUAGUUAUAAUCAACGAAUUUGUAUAGAUUUAGAUUUUKAAAUAUAAAUUCAUUUUUUAAUGUUU